AUGGCCACGCCGCCCGUCAAAGCCUUGGCUGCCAUCGGAUGCUAUCACUCCCCUCUAGAUGUCACGUACUCGGAAACGUCCCGGGAUAUCUCUCUAGCGACCACUCUAACUCUGACCGUGGGUGACGCCGGCGACAGCUUUGAAGACGACCCGGAAGACGAUUUCGACUCGGAAACGGAGUUCAGCCAGGAAGAAGUGUCCUCAGCGUUUCAGCAGGCUAUUCAGCUGUCUAUUUCCCUCAGCUCGUACACACCGUCUACGCGCAAACGGCCUCCGAGCUUGACUGUCAAGAAGCAACCCCCAGAAGACGAUACAAAGGCUCGCUUCUCCGUCAUCAACUUCAUCCACAUCCACGAUGAUCAGCCGCCGUCCUCGAACCUCUACGAUUCUGAAUCUACAAAUCUGAAAGAUAUCGCUAGCAUGCCGAGAUUCGAAGCCCCAUGCGUCGAUGGUAGCGAUGGUACUCGCACUUACACGUUCAACACCGGGGGUACCCUCCAGCGAAUUGUCGCACAAGCCGACUUUAUAGUCCCAGCGAGCCUCGACCGGGAACACGAUCACUUCAAAGUUCGGCUUCUGCGCUUAGCGUUGGAGCUACCCCAUCCCGGUGCUCGCAGCGACAACGACGUCUGGCUGUCCAUCGAUCUCUCGGAUAUAUUUGAGAGAGAGACCGAUAACGCCGGCCCAUCCUCUGCGAUACUUCCUGCCGACGGUUCAUCGCGACCAUCAGGUGCUACAGAUCCGGUACUAUGUACAUCUCCGGAACCUCUCGAGACAUCCGAGUCUAUCAUUAUACCCGGCUUCGAGCCUGCGAGGUCCUCUGAACUCCCCGCCCCGCCACAGCCCAGUCAAAAGCGGCCACGCCAAGCUAGCUCGCGUCGGGCGUCGCUGGGGAGCGAAUAUGCGAAGAGGAUUUGCCUGUCUGGGCCCCAAACGGACGACUUCGCAACAGAUAGCUCUUCAGCGGGUGGCUGCUCGACGGAGAGCUUCUCGGAGGUACCUCCGCUCACUCAUUCGCAAGGGCUCUCGAAUUCGAACCUCACUGGAACGGCUAGCUUCGAGAGCGCCGUUAGUCAUGGGAUGUACGGCCACGGACGGUUUGCCACCACGGACAGGACUUGGAGCGAAUACAACGGAGAAGGAGUUGAGAUUAUCUCCUCGGACGUUCCCACAUCUGUUGCCGUGCGAGAUGGAGACGGUGCUAUUGACAGCCGUAUGAUUCCUGAGGUGCCGGGCUUCGCAUGGGAGCUCCCGCAAUGGCUUUACAGCAUCUCCGAGCGGAGUGACACACACGAACGUGCUGAGAGCGUGUGGCCGCCGCCUGGAUACCCUCCCUUACCGCCGCUAGGAUACACGCCAUCUGAGUCGACAACGGACCUCCAGAGCGAUCGCUUUCCCGAGUCGAUUGCAGACACUGGGGCGUCGUACGCGAGGCGCGAGAGCGUUGAUGCGCUGCGACAUGAGAACAACGCUCUGCGGACGCAGAUCGCAGUUCUGUCUUCCCAGAACACCACCCUGUCGACGCAAAUGCAAGACAUGGCGUUGAAGAUGUCCACAGUGCUCGCGCGGCUUGACACUAUCACAGACCCUGCAGGCGCGUGCAAUUUCUUCACUGCCUCUCCCGUUCAUCUCAUUGAUCUCCUUCACAGGGCUCAAAAUUCCACCAGCGCCGCUCGCUGGGAAGUAAGGUAG